AUGACCAAGCACGCCAUCGAAGCAGAGUUCCCAGAGACAGAAGUUUUGGCCGUAGUUGCUGACAUCACCAGCAUGGAGCAGGUUGAUGAAGGGUUUAACAAGAUAAAUCAGGCUUUCGGCAAGAUCCACGUGUUUGUCAGCAACGCCGGGUUCCUGCCGGUACCCCAGCCUGUGCUCGGCUCCGAUUUCGACGUCCAGGACUGGUGGACUACAUUUAGCACCAACGUCCUCGGGGUACUAUACUCGGUCAAAGCAUUUGCCAGGUUUGCAGCUGAAAGAGCUUGUCUCCUACAUAUCUCUUCAUGCCUUUCGAACAUUCCACCGCUGGAGGUUGGCCAAUCCGCCUACACUGCAAGCAAGGCUGCUGCAAACAAAUUGUUCGACUAUAUGGCCCUGGAGAAUCCGGCCUUACAUAUAGUAAGCGUUCAUCCUGGUCUCGUUGAAAGUGGUAUGAGUCGUAAGAGUGGCCACGGAGGCCUAGACAAAGUUGAGCUACCUGGACACUUUUGCGUGUGGCUGCACAGCCGGGAAGCCGAGUUUCUCAGGGGCAAAUUCGUGUGGGUGAACUGGGACGUGGAUGAACUGAAAGCUAGGAAGGAGGAAAUCAUAAACACGGAUUUACUUGAUACUAAGCUUGGUGGGUUGUCUUUUGUGGGCUGGAAAGGGGUAGAUAUUUGA